AUAGCGAGAAGGGCCGUGUGGCGUCCAGCAGAAGCUCUGCCGUGCCAGCAACUGGACUCUGUACUGGGGAAGCAGGUCUGAGCCUCAGCCCACAGCAAAGCCCUGGCCUGCCCUCCUUCUGAUGUCCAGGGGAAACCAGACCCCAUCCUCUGAAGCCAUGGGCCCUUCCCGCUCUGCAGUCCUGUCCGCGAUGAGGCUCGGUCUGUGGUGGCUCCUUCUGAGCCCAGCAGGGUCAGCACAGAGAGCCUCCCAUACCCAAGCCGAGGACCGACUCUUCAAACACCUCUUUAGGGGCUACAACCGCUGGGCACGGCCAGUGCCCAACACCUCAGACGUGGUGAUCGUGCGCUUUGGGCUGUCCAUUGCCCAGCUCAUCGAUGUGGAUGAGAAGAACCAAAUGAUGACCACCAACGUCUGGCUAAAGCAGGAGUGGAAUGAUUACAAGCUGCACUGGAACCCGGCCGAUUUCGGCAACAUCACAUCCCUCCGGGUCCCUUCUGAGAUGAUCUGGAUCCCUGACAUUGUCCUCUACAACAAUGCAGAUGGGGAGUUUGCGGUGACCCACAUGACCAAGGCUCACCUCUUCUCCACGGGCACUGUGCACUGGGUGCCCCCCGCCAUCUACAAGAGCUCCUGCAGCAUCGACGUCACCUUCUUCCCCUUCGACCAGCAGAACUGCAAGAUGAAGUUUGGCUCCUGGACGUACGACAAGGCCAAGAUCGACCUGGAGCAGACAGAGCAGACGGUGGACCUGAAGGACUACUGGGAGAGCGGCGAGUGGGCCAUCAUCAAUGCCACGGGCACCUACAACACCAAGAAGUACGACUGCUGCGCCGAGAUCUACCCCGACGUCACCUACUACUUCGUCAUCCGGCGCCUGCCCCUCUUCUACACCAUCAACCUCAUCAUCCCCUGCCUGCUCAUCUCCUGCCUCACGGUGCUUGUCUUCUACCUGCCCUCCGACUGUGGCGAGAAGAUCACGCUCUGCAUCUCCGUGCUGCUCUCGCUCACCGUCUUCCUCCUGCUCAUCACGGACAUCAUCCCCUCCACCUCCCUGGUCAUCCCGCUCAUCGGCGAGUACCUGCUCUUCACCAUGAUCUUCGUCACGCUCUCCAUCGUCAUCACGGUCUUUGUACUAAAUGUCCACCACCGCUCCCCCCGCACCCACACUAUGCCCCACUGGGUGCGGGUGGCCUUUCUGGGCUGUGUGCCCCGGUGGCUUCUGAUGAACCGGCCUGUGCCCCCCCUGGAGCCCCGUGACCCCCCAGAUCUGAAGCCCAGCUCCUCUCAUUACUGGCUGGAGACCAACGUGGAUGCGGAGGAGAGAGAGGAGGAAAAGGAGGAGGAAGACAGAUGGGGGUGGGCAGCUCCCUUAUCCCCCUCCAUGGGUGUCCUCCGUGCCCAUGGUGGUCUACAUCAGGGGGCCUCAGGGCCCAGGGUGGAGGUCCAGUUGCAGCAGGGCGGGCUUCUGCUGUCACCUCGCAUACAGAAGGCACUUGAAGGUGUGCACUAUAUUGCUGAUCACCUGAGAUCUGAGGAUGCUGACUCUUCGGUGAAGGAAGACUGGAAGUAUGUGGCCAUGGUCAUUGAUAGGAUAUUCCUCUGGUUGUUUAUCAUCGUCUGCUUCCUGGGGACCAUUGGACUCUUUCUCCCUCCAUUCCUGGCUGGAAUGAUCUGAUUUCCUGUUCCUUGUUUUGGCCCAAAGGCAGCACUGCUUGACCAUCUUUAACCGCUGUCCCCUCUAGAGAACACCUUUGGGGUCAACACCAUCUGCCUGCAGGUGCCUCUCUGUGGAGUCCCUACACUGGCCUAAUCAUCAAAGACUCCUUGGGUCAAUUCACUUGACGUUACUGUAUUAUAUGCUGAGAAUCUGCUGGGCACAGAGCCCUGCUUUGGAUGCUGACGAGCUAGGAAAUAAGGAACUUGCUUUGAAGAAGAUUACAAUAUGGUGGUGACGGUGUGAAGCCACAUAAGAUUCUCUUCUCUGGCAGGGGCCAGGAAGACACUAACAGGAGGUCCAAGCGGAGUAAUCCAGUGGGGAGAGGCACAGACCUCAAAGGAUGGGUGCAUGGGGAAGAGGGGAGAGGGUGCUUCUGGGGGUGGAAAGGCUGUGAACAGCACUUUGGAUUCAGGAAUGAGCACGAAGUGUCUAGGAGAACAGGCAGGCUGAGAUGGGGCUCCGGGGUGGGAGCAGUGGGAGGAGGUUGGAAAGGCAGGUUAGGGUGUCUUUGAACCAUGUAGAAAAACAAGUUCACAGUCUGAUCCUGCAGGUCUAACAGUAGGAUGGUAAAGACUCUUCUGGAAGGAGAGAAAGGGGGAAGUGGGGCCACAGGUGGCGGUAUAGGUUAGGGCCUCUAGGUGGUGGAGGGAUGUGUGGUUGGAUGCAGGUAGCUGGGCCAUCCCACCUUCCUGGAAGCUCAUUGGAACCCCUGGCUUCUCCUCACCUUUAGCCACACCCCCUGCUACAAACUGGCUCAGCACCAGCGGCCCCAAGACGUUUGGCAGUGCUGAGAGUCCCUGUCUUUGGGGGUGCCAUCUGGCCUUGAAUGCAUAUUAACAAACCAGGAAGCUAUCCUGAGCCAUUCUUGACUAACUCAAGCUCGCAGCUUGCUCCCCCCACCCCUCUACAGGGCACGUGGUGCUCGGCGCUCGGGACCUUCGCUCCCAGUGACUGACG